AUGGGGAAUUCGUUAGAAGAAAGGUUGAAGACUCAUUCUAGUGCCUUUAAUGGGCUUUUGUCAUUGAUUCCCGCUAAAUAUUACUAUGAUGAUGCUACUCAAGAUCAGUGGCAACAAAAGAAGAAGUCCAAACAAGAAUUAAAGCAAAACAAGAGAGCUAAACUUGAUCCAAAUUCUAAAGAAGCAGCGGACUCCUAUACUAAUGCACAUGCAAGCGCUAAAGAUGUGAUGGAUAAUAAGGCAAAGAAUGCACCUAAAGUGAGCUUACCCAAGAAGUUACCUGCUUCAAUCACAGAGGAUAGUGAUGAUGAUGUCAAUAUGGAAGUCACUAAUGAAGAAGAUGAAGAUGAAGACGAAGUUGAUAAUGAAAACGAUAACGAGGAUUCUGAACAAAUUGAUGACCCCCUUAUGUAUAAAAAGAGUCAAAUAACAUUUGAUGAAGAUAAUAUCGAUGCUAAUGAUGGGGUUGAGUUUUCAAAGCAAGUAGCUCAACAACAAAAACGUAAGAAGACUUUGAGUCCUGAAGAACAAAGAAAGAAGGAUGAGAAUUUAGCUAAAUUAAGAGAAAAGUUGUCUUCCAAGAUUAACACCAUGAAAGAAAGAAGAAAGGCUCCUGGGACAAAGGUUGCUGGAGCUCCCAAAUCCAGAGAACAAAUCCUAGAAGAAAGAAAGAAGAAAGCUGAAUUGAGAAAACGGAAGAGGGAAGAAAUGGAGAAUGAAGCCAGUGAUGAUGACCUUUCGGACUCUGAAGGAGAAGAUGAUGAAGACGACGACGAAGAAGAAGAGCAGGGAAGUGAGGUUGCUGUACAAGAUGGUGACUCAUCGGUUCUCUAUGGUAAUAUUGUAUUCAAUGAUGGUACCAGAUUGACAUCUGACUUAGGUAAGAUGAGAUCUACAAUGGAGAAGAAAUCCAAGAAGGGACCUUCCAACAAUGACGUCAAAGCACAUUUGAAAAUUCUUGAGAAUAAGAAGCGGGUGUUGGAGCAAAUGACCCCAGAAGAGCAAAUCAAACAAAAAGAAAAAGAUAAGUGGACUAGGGUUAUGGCACAAGCCGAAGGUGCAAAAAUUAAGGAUGAUGAAAAGUUGUUGAAAAAAGCUUUGAAGAGAAAGGAAAGACAGAAGUUGAAGAGUGAAAUUGAAUGGAAGGACAGAAAACAAAUGGUCAAGGAUACCAAGGCAGCAAGACAAAAGAGAAGAGACGAAAACUUAAAGGCUAGACGCGAAAACAAAGGAAAGAAGAGUAAGAACCAACCUAGAUUGAAGAAGUUUGUAGGGACUGUUCACAAGAAGAGAGCUGGUUUUGAAGGAAGCUCCAAGAGUAAAGGAGGUAGACUGCAGAAAUUUCAUAAUGCAUAA